GAGGGAUCACAGACACUCCAGAUAGAGACGUCACCUCUCUUGCCCUCCCUCCUUGCUCUUUGGACCUUGGAAAUUUUGGAUGGCCAAGUGAGUUGCUCCCCAGCUGCGCAGUGAGUGAGAGUCGCGUCUCUCAGACUCCCCUCACCGCGAGUGACUUUCAAAAGGCUGACUUGUCAGGGGGUGGGGGGGAAUACAUCUCGACUGAGUGGGAUCUGGAUCUGAUUUAGAACGUGGAUCCGUUGAGCUCGACGCCGCAGACAUGUAGCUGGAGCGCUGCGUGGCCGGGGCAUUGUGGAAGUGAAUGAGAGCUUUAUGUGGAGGUGGAAAGAGAGAUGCUUUUCCUGGAGCGCUCGUGUGUGAUGAAUCUGGAGCGCAGCGAGAGAGGGGAGCGUCCUUCACCUCGAGGUGCGGACAUGGAAGCUCGUACUGGGGGAAAGAUGGGGAAGAUAUCCGUGGGCUUUCAGAGGAGCUCCACCUCAGAUGACGACUCUGGAUGUGCACUGGAGGAGUAUGCGUGGGUGCCACCGGGACUGAGGCCUGAGCAGGUCCAGAUGUAUUUCUCCUGUCUACCAGAGGACAGGGUGCCGUACGUCAACAGCCCCGGAGAAAAGCACAGGAUUCGACAGCUCCUCUACCAGCUGCCGCCGCAUGACAACGAGGUGCGUUACUGCCACACUCUGACUGAGGAGGAAAAGAGGGAGCUCCACAUGUUCAGUGCCCAGAGGAAGAGGGAGGCACUGGGGAGAGGAACACCCAAGAUCCUGCCCCGAGCUCUGCAACACACCCGCUGUGAAAACUGUGGCGGAGGCAUCAACGGAGGGGAGAUGGCAAUUUUUGCCUCCAGAGCAGGUCCGAGCCCCUGCUGGCACCCAGCAUGCUUCGUGUGUGCCACGUGUCAAGAACUGCUGGUGGAUCUGAUAUAUUUCUACCAAAAUGGCAAGAUCCUCUGUGGAAGACACCACGCUGAGCUUCUCAAACCACGGUGCUCUUCUUGUGACGAGAUCAUCUUUGCGGAUGAGUGCACCGAGGCCGAGGGUCGUCACUGGCAUAUGAAGCACUUCGCUUGUUUCGAGUGCGAGAUAAUGCUAGGUGGGCAGCGCUACAUCAUGAAAGAUGGCCGGCCCUACUGCUGUGGCUGCUUCGAGUCACUGUAUGCAGAGUACUGCGAGGCCUGUGGUGAAAACAUUGGUGUUGACCAUGCCCAAAUGACCUACGAAGGUGUACACUGGCAUGCCACAGACCAGUGCUUCUGCUGUGCCCAGUGCAAGACCUCCUUGCUGGGCUGCCCCUUCCUUCCAAAGCAGGGUCGCAUCUAUUGCUCAAAGGCCUGUAGCCAGGGAGAGGAUAUCCAUGCCUCCGACUCAUCUGAUUCUGCCUUCCAGUCUGCCCGCUCAAGGGAAUCACGACGCAGUGUCCGCAUGGGCAAAAGCAGCAAGCCUGCCGAACAGUGGAGACAGUCACAACUGUUUAAUCCUCCUGCCACCGUCCCCUCAUUUGAGUACAGCGAGGGUGAUGGAGAUGCUGAUGGUGACAUUGAUAUCGUAGGGCGGAAGCUGGCCCGUCUUGGCAUGGAGGAGGAGAGGUUCUGGAGGGAGCGGGAGGAGCAGGAUGCCUGUGCAGAGGAGGAUCCAGAAGAGUGGGCCCAGCAUGAAGACUAUAUGACUCAGCUCCUGCUCAAGUUUGGUGACCGCGGGAUGUUACAUCAACUUCAGCAGCCAUCCCUAAAAUCUCCCAGCCCCAGCAGUGAUAGAAAUGGGCUCAUAAGUGUCUCUGAUCCCUGGCUUAAGCCUGAUACUAUAUCCAUGGGGGUUACCGCCUCCUCUCCCACCCCUGCCAGCCCCACCCAAAGCCAGGCUUCCAAUCAGUCCCGAACCAACAGCCUUAGCCCUGGACUGAUGAGCAAGAAGCACCUGCCUGAAAUGUAUUGGGCCCAGUCCCAGGAUGGGUUGGGAGACUCUGCUUAUGGGAGUCAUCCAGGUCCUGCCAGUGCCCGAAAGAUCCAAGAGCUGGAAUUGGAUCAGGAUCAGGACCAAUCUGGCACAGGAAGACAGGCCUUUUGGCCAGACACAAGGCAGUGGUAUGAAGACUCCCUUGAGUGUAUCGCUGAUGAGCUGAGGAAGGUCGAGCAGGGUGUUGGAGACUCCAUGGACUCCCUGGCACUCUCAAACAUCACUGGCGCGUCAGUGGAUGGAGAUGGCAGGGAUAGACCUAUAGUCUACACCCUUGCUAUGCAGGAUCCCUCGGUGGCAGAUGACUGUGAGAAGAUGAGUAACAUGGGGACCUUUAAUUCAUCUCAUCAUCACCAGAGUACCAACUCACUGAACCUUAAUAUGGAGAAGGGAGACGCGGAGGCGGAGGAGGUAGCAUUGGCAAUGAGGGGAGGCACACCAGGAGGACUUCUCUCAUUGUCCCCGCAUUCUGAAGGCCUCCCUCCCUCCUUUGUCCAUGCCCCAGCUCUGAGGAGAAGCAAGUCCCAAUCCAGGCCUCCUCAGAUGGUCAAGUUCUCCGACGACACUGUGGACAAUGGAUAUAAUGAUGGGUUUGAUGUCAGUAUAAGAAAGCACCCCAUGAGUGAGAAGCCACAGCGGAGGGCGUACUGCCCAGAUGAGAUGGGCCGAGAAAGAAGCCGCCCAACAAGCCACCAUGGGCGCAGCAGGCAGCAUCACCACCGGCAAGGCCGACACCACAGGAGUCGUAAAACCCGCUCAGACAACGCCCUUCACAUGGUGCCCUUGGAGAAAGCACAGAGGCCAUAUGAGCCACAGCAGCAGGGUCUGGUAAACCCUUCAUGUGGUGGCAUGCUCUUACAGCAUCCCUCACGCAGGCUGCCCCUGGCCUACUCCCAAACUCGAUCUGACUAUAUGCUUCAGGGCUCAACACAAGGAGACCCACGGGUUGAGAAUUUCAUGGGUCUCUACAGAGAUGAGGAUGACUGGUGCUCUACUUGCUCUUCCUCAUCAUCAGACUCCGAGGAGGAGGGCUAUUUCCUGGGGCAGCCGAUCCCUCAGCCUCGAGCUGCUGGGCGCUACUACGCUGAGGACUACCCAACAAGGGUUACCGCCCUGUCUUCCCAGAUUCAUGGUUCACAGACUGGUCGCAGAAAGAGCCACCGCUCCAAAAACUGCAUCAUCUCUUAACAGUUCAAAGUGUA